UCCCUGGCAGCGGCUGAGACCGUUUGGUGAAGAUGGCGGACUCGGUGUUGACUGGUAUGGGAGAGGAGAAUGAAAAGGAGAAAGAGGGCAGUUCUAGGGAGAGAAAGCCUUCCAAAACAGAAAAGAACAAGGAGAAAGACGGAGUCACUGAGACGCUUAGUUUUAGUGAAAAAAAUGGCGGCAGUAAUGCCCAGAAACGCAACCUGUCAGACCUGUCUUUGGUCAGAUUCAUAACUACCGAGCUCACGAGAGGCUACUUCCUUGAACACAAUGAGGCCAAAUACACAGAGCGCAGAGAGAGGGUAUACACCUGCCUCCGCAUCCCCAAGGAGCUGGAGAAGUUGAUGACUUUCGGCUUCUUCCUCUGUCUGGAUACCUUUCUCUAUGUGUUCACACUUUUGCCCCUCAGGGUAAUUCUGGCCCUUUUACGCCUCCUCACAGUGCCAUGCUGUGGCCUCAGUGGUUCCCGUUUGCUCCAGCCCGCCCAGGUGUGUGAUGUCCUGAAAGGCUUUAUCAUGGUUCUGUGUUACUCCAUGAUGAGCUAUGUGGAUUACUCCAUGAUGUACCACCUCAUCAGGGGACAGUCUGUGAUCAAACUCUACAUAAUCUACAACAUGUUAGAGGUAGCGGACCGCCUGUUCUCGUCAUUUGGCCAGGACAUCCUAGACGCUCUGUACUGGACAGCCACCGAGCCCAAAGAGAAGAAGAGAGCCCACAUAGGAGUGAUUCCUCACUUCCUCAUGGCAGUGCUCUACGUCUUUCUUCAUGCCAUUCUGAUUAUGGUUCAGGCCACAACGCUCAAUGUAGCCUUCAACUCCCAUAACAAGUCUCUGCUCACCAUAAUGAUGUCAAACAAUUUUGUGGAGAUCAAAGGAAGUGUGUUCAAGAAGUUUGAGAAGAACAACCUUUUCCAGAUGUCAAAUAGUGACAUAAAGGAGAGGUUCACCAACUACAUCCUCCUGCUCAUUGUCUGUCUGAGAAACAUGGAGCAAUUUUCAUGGAACCCCGACCACUUGUGGGUGCUCUUUCCUGAUGUAGUCAUGGUUAUUACUUCAGAGGUUGCUGUGGAUGUUGUUAAACACGCCUUCAUCACCAAAUUCAACGACAUCAGUGCCGAUGUAUACAGUGAAUAUCGAGCCAGCCUUGCCUUUGACCUUGUGAGCACUCGACAGAAAAAUGCUUACACAGACUACAGCGACUCUGUGUCCAGGAGAAUGGGCUUCAUUCCGCUUCCUUUAGCCCUUCUGCUGAUUAGGGUAGUGACCAGCUCAGUGAAGAUCCAGGGUUCCCUCUCCUUUAUGUGUGUGCUACUCUUUUACCUGGGGAUGAUCACGCUGAAGGUGCUGAACAGUAUCGUUCUCCUUGGAACCUCUUGCAUGUUCGUCAAAGAGGCCAAAAUGGAAGAAAAACUCUUUGACCCGCCUCCUUCUGUCGCUUCCAGCCGAGUAAACUCCAGAGCUCACAGAGCAAAAGUUUACACUGCACCACACCAAGCGGAGCCCCCGUCCGACAGAGCGGGAAUACCCCUGGUUUCAGACAUUUCUCAGCCUACAGAUACGGCAGAGAGUGCCGCCCCCGUACUCCCCAAGAGCGACUCUGACACAUUCCUGACAACGCCUGAUGGGGAGGAUGAUGACAAAAUCAUAAACACUGACACUGGAUUGGAAGGAGAAGGGCUCAACCACAGGCCACCCAAAAAAGACCUGUUGGAGAUCGACCGAUUCACCAUCUGUGGCAACCGCAUAGACUGAAUGCCGUAGAAAGCCCCAGUGGGUGCUGUGUCCUGGCAAGACAGGAGGGUUCAGGGAUCAGACAAAGGUCACGGAGCAUGCUCAGACCUGACUCUUUCUUAUGCACCUGGCCCUUCGACUAUUUAUUUAUUUAUUACGGACAAAACCAGCCAAGGCAUAAAGCUGUUACACCGAAGGUCUCAUCAGCCGUUUGCAGCUCAUCCUGUAUGCGUUCAAUGAACCAAGUGGACUCUGGCAGUUGGUCAUGGUUGUCAUGGCAACAUGCAGACAGGAGCACAUAAGUGAAGCAAGCUGCAGAUGAGAAAGUACAAAAGUCAAAUGGGAUUGUUGAAGCAAAACUACCAGACCAUAAGUGUGUGUGUGUAUUCAGAAGCACAAUCAUGCACACAACGAGGAGUUGUUUUAAGAAAGAACAAACUAUCAGUUUGAAGAUUUCUGACAAGUUGCCAUAUCUCACAAAAAUGAAGUUUUUAUUACAUUUGUUUUCUCUAAAUUGACCAUGUUCAUCUGCAAGACCGUGACUGAGUCGCACGAACACUUUUAAAGUUUUAAAAACGUCCCGUGAACACACAACUCACAUUCAAAGAGAUCUGUUUGACCGGUGUCACAGCGACGUGGGCACGUGUAGUGUAACCUGUUAAAUGUAGCAGCUGUGACAGUAAAAGCAUUUUGCAUGAACACAUCAUCUUCAUCUUUGCAGUGUUAACGCAGUGCAGUGUGUGUUGUUAAGCUUACUUUGAAGCACUGAGAAGAUGGUGCCUGUUUUGUUGAGGUGCGAGUCUUUAUUCGCAGAUAUUUCAGUUCUUUUUCUGCCAUAUGCUUUUUGUUUUGAUAGUUCAAUAUCACACUCUGCUCAUAAUUAUCAUGAAUAACGUAUGCCAGAAAUGUGGUGCGAUCCUUACCUAAGGGGUGUGUGUUUUACCAGCUCCCACCUUUGUGAAAAUCUGCUGGUUGUUGAUCAGACUGAGCCGACACCGACCUUUUGUUUUCCCUCUCAUGCUUUAUCAAUAUUUCUGUAUUUUAACGAGCAGGUAGGCCGAAAAUGUAAGGUGAAAACCCAACGUGGUUCCCAAAAAUGUUUGUAUCAAUCGUGUAUUUUGUAAACGAGAAUGCAUCCAUGUUUUUCUUAAUGAGGUGGAGUGAGAGGAGGGGGGCUCCCUGCAGCGGUCGGGCCGACUGGAGCUGCAGCAGGUGCACGCGCCUAAAGACUCGCUGACACUGCAGAAUUUAGAACUCAGUCAAGUUUUUCACUCAUUUGGAAGUUGUGAUGUCUGGCUGGGUGCUGUUCACUGCCUUCCUGUAUUUUUCAGAAAUAACUUAUUUUUUACUUACUUGUGAUUUUGAUAUACAGAUAACGCAUGAGAGGCAGAACCAGGGCCAGUCAGGCUUCUGAGUCAGAACGCAGUCAAAACGAUGGGAGAAAUUAAGCGGAUGCUCAUUAAAGGAGCCUAAAGAGUGAGUGCAUUUUGACUGUGCGUACCGAGUGCGAGAGGCAGUUUGCUGUGAGUGGAUGGAUCUUGCGACUACAUUUUUAUUUUUCAUGUACAAGUCAUCUGUGUAUUGCGUCUCCUUAUGCGAUACAAGGAGAAUAAAACAAGACUUUGUUUCGUAUGUGUUCUGAUUUGAUUUUAAAUGUGUGUGUGUGUGUGUGACAGCGGGGAACAGUGCUGGUUGUUUGAGUUAGA